GCUCGAGCUUGAAGGAUGCGAUACUUGUGAACAUUCUCUUCUUGAACAUUCUUUCACCCAAUUUUCUUCGCCAUGUCCGAAGAGCAACAGGAAAUCCAGGAGGAGGAGCAGCAGGCUCAGGUCGUCUCCGAACAUCUUCCCUCAGGCUAUACUGCCGAAUUCGGCGAGGCUACUGGCAACAAUGAUUCUGGAGUCGAGUCUUCCCUCAAUCUCCAGGGAGGAGACAUCCACAGAGAUAUAUUCAAGCUCAAUGCUCAACCUCGUCAAACACUGCACCAAAGGGCUGCGACAUUCUCCGCUCCUCGUGUUCGCAGAGAAAGCUGGGACUCGGAAUUGACAGCUUCUCAAGCUCGUGCACCUGGAGCAUUCCGUCGUCAGUACAUGCAGAGACAGCAUGCUUUCAGCAGUGCGACGAUGCCUGUCACCAGGAAUUUUGUCGAGUUUUUGAAUCUUUACGGAAGUUUCGCUGGUGAAGAUCUCAACGAAUCUGACGACGAAGCCAUUGAGGAGGAAGAGGACGAGGAAGAAGCACCUCCAACCGAGAGAAGACCUCUUCUUGGCCGCCGCAAGUCGUCAAGGGCAGCACCCAAGGGAGAUGCUGGCAUGGUCAAAUCUUUCUUCACGCUUCUGAAGGCUUUCAUCGGUACCGGUAUCAUGUUUCUUCCCAAGGCCUUUAACAACGGCGGUAUCCUCUUCUCUUCUUUGACUCUGGUCUCCAUCUCGGCCGUUUCCAUGCUUGCUUUCCACUUGCUACUCAAGUGCCGCAACCAGUAUGGCGGUGGUUACGGUGACCUUGGUAAGGCCAUCGCUGGAGAGAAGAUGAGAUCUCUCAUUCUUGCCUCGGUCACAAUCUCACAGAUCGGGUUCGUCUGCGCAGGUGUUGUCUUCGUCGCCGAGAACCUUCAUUCGUUCCUCGCAGCUGUCGUCAAGGGCGGUAUGCCUGUAUCGGUCCGCGCCUUGAUCGCUAUGCAGCUUGUCGUCCUGGUUCCCCUGUCUUUCAUUCGCAACAUCUCAAAGCUCGGUCCUGUCGCAUUGCUGGCUGACGUGUUCAUUAUGAUCGGUCUUGGCUAUAUUUACUACUUUGACAUCGCUACCCUCGCAAAAGAGGGUAUUCACCCUACUGUUCAACUCUUCAACCCCAACCAAUUCACACUGACAAUUGGAUCGGCCAUCUUCACAUUUGAAGGCAUUGGUCUCAUCCUGCCUAUUCAGUCUUCGAUGAAGAAGCCUCAGAACUUUGAGUGGCUCUUGGCUGUGAUCAUGCUCAUCAUCACAGUCAUCUUCACCUCGGUUGGCGCUCUGUGUUACGCUACUUUUGGAGACGACACACAGAUCGAGAUUAUCUCGAAUUUCCCUCAGGACAGCAAGCUCGUCAACGCCGUUCAGUUCUUGUACUCAAUGGCCGUGCUCUUCGGAAACCCGGUGCAGCUCUUCCCUGCCAUGCGUAUCAUCGAAGGAAAGAUGUUCGGUCACUUGUCCGGAAAGAAGGAUCAGCUUACCAAGUGGAAGAAGAACGCUUUCAGAACAUUUUUGACUGGCGUCUGUAUUGCGAUCGCCAUCGCAGGUGCUGGCAACCUCGACAGAUUCGUGGCCUUGAUCGGUUCUUUCGCUUGUGUGCCAUUGGUAUACAUCUACCCACCGCUUCUGCAUUACAAGGGUGUCGCCGAGUCACGCCUUGCUAAGGCCGGAGACAUUGUGUUCAUGGUGAUCGGUAUCGCCAUGAUGAUCUACACAACAGGCGUCACACUUGUCAACAGCUUCUAGAAGGAAAACGACAUGGAAAAUCUACAAUCAGCUUUUGUGGUUGAUUAUGUAUAACACUCGGAACGAUAAUGAAGAACGAUCACUCACCAGUCUGUAAACAGGUAGUCUUACGUGGUUGAGACAGCUAAGAAAUCAAACAUUGUUCAUACUUGAAAAUCACGUCUAUGCCAC